GUCAAUUAGACAUUGAUAGUUAAUAUUUCUCAUAAAAAAAUAUUUUACUUGAUUAUACAUUAUUCUCCUAGCCUAUCAUAAAAUAAAAAGCCAUGGCUGUUCGUUUGGGUGGAAGUUUGAAAGAGCUAAGGAUUCACUUGUGCCAAACAAGUGCACAAUCCGCUGGCGUAAGAGAAUUUAUUCAAAAGAACUAUGUUGAUAUUAAGAAACAGAAUCCAAAUUUUCCCAUAUUGAUUCGUGAAUGCAAUGGGAUUCAACCGCGGAUUUGGGCUCGCUACGAAAAAGGAGUUGAACAAAGCAUGCCUCUUACAAAUUUGACGGCCAGUGAUGUUUUUUCUGCACUGAAACAGCUAGUGAAGUGAUUUUGUUUUUAUUAGAAUAAUUUUGGUUUAUGAAUAAAAAAAUAGAGUAUUA